GCGGCGCGGCGCGGCGGGCUGUGGAGCCGGGCGCGAUGGAGCGGAAGAGGUGGGAGUGCCCGGCGCUCCCGCAGGGCUGGGAGAGGGAAGAAGUGCCCAGAAGGUCGGGGCUGUCGGCCGGCCACAGGGAUGUCUUUUACUAUAGCCCGAGCGGGAAGAAGUUCCGGAGCAAACCGCAGCUGGCACGCUACCUGGGCGGCUCCAUGGACCUCAGCACCUUCGACUUCCGCACUGGCAAGAUGCUCAUGAGCAAAGUGAACAAGAGCCGCCAACGCGUGCGCUACGACUCGGCCAACCAGCUCAAGGGCAAGCCCGACCUGAACACGGCGCUGCCCGUCCGGCAGACGGCCUCCAUCUUCAAGCAGCCGGUGACCAAGAUCACCAACCAUCCCAGCAACAAGGUGAAGAGCGACCCCCAGAAGGCCGUGGAGCAGCCUCGGCAGCUGUUCUGGGAGAAAAAGCUGAGUGGCCUCAAUGCCUUCGAUAUCGCUGAGGAGCUGGUGCAGACCAUGGACCUCCCCAAGGGCCUGCAAGGCGUGGGCCCCGGCUGCACGGACGAGACGCUGCUGUCAGCCAUCGCCAGUGCCCUGCACACCAGCACGGCCCCAAUCACCGGGCAGCUGUCGGCUGCUGUGGAGAAGAACCCGGGCGUGUGGCUGAACACGGCACAGCCACUCUGCAAGGCCUUUAUGGUGACCGACGAGGACAUCCGGAAGCAGGAGGAGCUGGUGCAGCAGGUGCGGAAGCGGCUGGAGGAGGCACUCAUGGCAGACAUGCUGGCACACGUGGAGGAGCUGGCCCGGGAUGGCGACACACCACUCGACAAGGCUCCCGGGGACCAGGAUGAUGAGGAUGAUGAUGAAGAUGAUGAAGAGGAGCCUGACCAGGACCCUGACCUGGAGCGUGUCUAGAGCCCGGGUGAUGCCUGCUUCCCCUCUCCAAGGCACUUGGGAACAUUGGCUGGUGGGCUCUGCCCUGACACCUGAGUCCUGCCCACAAAGCUCCUGUGGGGUUGCCCUGGACCCUGGGGAACCCGCCUGCUGCGUCCAGAGCCUCCGGGGGUGAGGGGGACCGAGAGACAGUUGGACACCGAGGGCCCCCCAGGUCCUGUGCAGUCUCUGCAGCUAUAGUCCGACACCCCUAUUAGCCAGGGUCCCACUAAUGUGUGGGAAUGGCAGCUCUGCCUUGCCCAAGUUCUGGAAGCUUCCACCCUGAUGGGGCGGAUCACAGCCUUGGCGGGGCUCAUCCGUGGCCUCCGUUUGUUUUCCUGGGGGUGCCGGAGGCUGGGCCUGGGGUGAUGCCACAGUGGGGAGGAGCCUCUUCCCCUCCUGGGUUAUCCCCCACCCACCUGGACACUUGCCCUAUGGGGGGACUGUGGUGUCAUCCCUGCCCCCAAGUCCUGUCCAAGCACAAGUUCAUGAAGGCCCCAUGUGUGGCCAUGGACCCUGGCACCCCCUGGCUAGGGUACGGUGGCAGCAGAUGGGUCCCCUCCCCCGUGAAUAAAGCCAUCUGAGUGUGUGGUUUGUUGUAA